CUGACGAAAUUCCAGACAAGUCCUCGGAAAAUUCGGUUGGGAUCUCUCGCGUCCGCCUUCUUCCUUCUUUCAACGUUCUCGCGUUUUCUUUGUGCUCUUUCCCUCUGGCCAAACAGCUUUGAAUUCUCACUUCUUUUUUGCUGGAAAUGGAGAUGACCAUGGAGGAUUGCUCCUGCUCCAUUGUUUCACUGCUUCUCUCCAUGGCUCUGGCGGCUUUCUCUCGUGGUGUGCGGACUCGACGGUUUGUGAAGAAUCCUAUACCAACUAUGCCGCGAAUAUGUGGAGUUAGGUUUUUCUGAAAGAAUCUCUUGUUACAUUUUGGAAUUUUUUGUUUGUUUGUUUGGUUCUUGCUUGUUUUUCUAUGUUUUGGACCUGGAAUCUAAGGAAUUCGAGUGAAAGAUCGGUUGAGUAUUGUGGAGCUCUGUGAGUUUUUUACUGGUAGUUGGUGGUUGCAAUGGUGAAAUUAGCUUUCUAGUUCUGAAUUUUACGUUUUCUGGAAAAUUCUUUUGGAAUUUCAGCUCCUUAGGGUUUGAUGUGUUUUUUGGAAGAUUCUUGAAUUUCGGAGUUUGGAUAUGCUUAGUGGAAUUUACUAGUGGAGUGUUGAGGUUUCGAUGAGCUUUUUACGAAGUUUGAGUUCUUUGGGGUUUACUUGGUUCUUGAUAGUUCUCUGGGAAGCUUGAAAAUGCUAAACGGGAAUUUGAGUUUUUUCGUGUUUGAAUAGAAAAAAGAAAUAUACAUAUCAAGUUGGAGGAACUAGAAAGUUUAACGUGAAUUGAACCAUUUGGCGUGAAAGUUUGAAUGGCGGGAAGGAGGGUUUUAGGGAUUCCAAAGACAAGUGCCAGUAAUUUGAGGGAACAGUUGGCAAGAACUACACUUAAGAAUGUGAGAGCAAAGGGGCACCCAUAUGUGGAACUCCGUGAAGAUGGUAAGCGGUUCGUAUUCUUCUGCACUUUGUGUCUUUCACCAUGUUACAGUGACUCAGCACUGUAUGAUCACUUACGAGGGAAUCUUCACAGGCAGAGGUUGCCUGCUGCCAAGAUUACUCUGUUUGGAUCAAAUCCUUGGCCUUUCAAUGAUGGUGUUCUUUUCUUUGACAAUUUGAUGGAGAAUGAAAAACAAUUGGCUACCUCAGAUGGUGACAAGUGUGGUGAAAAUUUUCAAGCCAACUGCCAAAGUCAUGAUGGAGUUCACGCUAGUGAUGAAUAUAGUCUCUGUGCAAAGAAUUUAGAUGAAAAUGAAGGAAAUUGUUAUCUCGUGAUUCCAGGUUUGCUAAUUGAGGAAAAUGUCUCUGAUAUAAAAGUAAGGUUCACUGGUUUUGGACGGAUUGCUGCCAGAUCCUUUCAGAAAGAUGAGAGCCAGAACGGAAUUAAAAAAAUAUGGUGUGAAUGGUUGGGAAAGAGGUGUGCUGAUAUGUCUGGAGCCCUUGAGCAUGACUUUGCUGUUGUUACUUUUACUUACAAUUACAAGUUGGGUAGGAAGGGGUUGGGUGAGGAUUUCAAAUAUUUGCUCCCAUCUAGUCCGCUGGAAGAAUUAGAAUAUGGGGAGGGUAAUCAUAGGAAAAGAAAGAAAUCAUUUUCUGACCCUGAGGAUAUUAGUGAAUCUUUCAGGAAUCAGCAUGACUCAUCAGAAGAAGAUAGCAGCUCUUCAAGAUUGUUGGUAGAUGGAUGUGAUGACCCCCGUGCGUUUACAAGAGCUAUAUCAAGCAAGAGUAUGAGACGAGAGUUAAGGCGACAGCAGCAGAUAUUAUCUGAAAAAAUGUGUGAUCUCUGUCAGCAGAAGAUGCUUCCUGAGAAAGAUGUUGCAGCAAUUUUGAAUAUGAAAACGGGAAAACUUGCUUGCAGUAGUAGGAAUGUCAAUGGGGCAUUUCACAUGUUUCACACAUCUUGCCUUAUACACUGGUUUAUUCUUUGUGAGCUUGAAAUUGCCACAAGCCAGUCAGUGAGUGUGAAAGAGAGAAGAAAAUAUAGUAAAAAGAGUGGAACCAAGCAGGGUGAGAUGGGAAAGAAUGGAGGUUCUGAGGGGACCAUAGCAAAUAUUGUUUCUGUAUUCUGCCCAGAGUGCCAAGGUACUGGAAUAGACAUUGUAGGAGAUGAACUGGAGAGACCAACUGUCCCACUUUCGCAGAUGUUCAGAUACAAGAUCAAAGUGGGUGGUGCACGUAAUGCAUGGAUGGAAGACCCUGAACAUUUGGAGAAUUGCUCAGUUGGUCUCCAUUUUCCUUUCCAAUCUGAAGAUCCAGUACAGGAAACAGUGUCAACCCUAAAAUUACUUCGAUUCUAUACUGCAGGUGCAUAGAAGUCAUGACCAAAGAGUAGAUACCUGGUAGAUUUUUUACUCUAGAUGGAGAAUUUCACAAUUCUCUUGAAAAAGUGCAUAGUAGUGAAGUUAGGAACAGGUGCAUAGAGAAGCACAUAGUAGAUGUCUCUCCCAUGGUAGUUGUAUAUUCUUGUUGUCUAACAGAGGAGCAUGCAUGAAUGAAUGUACAUCGCUGACAUGUGCAUGUGCUGUGAAUCAGUAGAGUUUGAUGACAGAUUGACUUUUAUUCUCGGAACCGAAUUCAUUCGUUAUCCUCUUUAAAAUCACCGAUAUCAUUUUGUAUCGAACACAGAUUUCACAUGGUGAUGAUAUAUUUUUGGAGAGGGUGGUAUUGAUCCUACCACAUGUUCCAUCUUUGUUGCUGA